GCGUCCGUAACGGCGGUGUUGCACUUUGCGCGAACGAACGCCCGAAGAAAAACAAACAGCGGGCAAGGCCGCGCGAGAUUGUUUCCCGUGUAAGAUCGCCACGUGCUCCAGAUCUCCGGCAUACAUGAAGAAGCUAAAUAAACAGCAUCUCGUUAUUUUAAAAAUUAAAAGAGAUAAAUUCGAAUUGGCAUCCAAUAAAAAGCCGUAUCAUUCGUAUCGUCUUCGAUUCACUUCGCGAGACAUUUCGUGAGGCUCGUGAUCUCAAACUCGUGUACAUACGCUUCGGUAAUAAAGUAAAUGAUAACAAAUUAUUAUCGUCCCGAGCUUGAAACAAAUUUCUACGGUAGAUCGAAAAUGUAGGAAGAUUCGCAACCCCUCAGUACAAGAAGAAGAUAACUACACGUAAUUUCAUUCGGCAACUUUUCGAGAUUGAACUUCAAAAUUAAGUGAAAUAGACAUCGAGUUUCUCUCGUUUCCAUCUUCUAUAUCCAGAGAAUUUAAUUUAUUCGUAGCAAAAAGGAAACGAAGAGAAACUUAAACAGAUAAAGAAGAACUUAAUGGUGCGUGCAGCAGAUCAAAACUUGAUUGUAUGAAAUCAAAUUGACGACCGGAGUGAAAGAACGUUGCAAUUUCCCUGCAAAUUAUCGGAAAAGAAUCAAUUGCCGAAAGUGCUGAUCCAGAAUGCCAAGGAGUAAAAGACUUUCCAAUAAGUACGCGCGCAUCAAGUGAUCAAGACCGCGAUGGCCCCGACGGUGUUGCCCAUUCUGUCAAACGGCACGUACUUAAAAGCCAUCUACGAUGACAUUCCGGAGUCGUCCUCGGAGCAUUACUUCAAUGAUACGUACACGGACGUCCUGGGAUCCACGGACCUCUCGCCCGGCUCGUAUCGGGACUCUCUGUACGUGGUGAUCCCGGUGACGAUAAUCUACGCGGCGAUUUUCCUCACGGGCAUCAUCGGCAACGUUAGCACGUGCAUCGUAAUUGCGCGCAACAAGUCUAUGCACACCGCCACGAACUAUUAUCUCUUUAGCCUGGCGGUGUCCGACCUGUUGCUGCUAGUGUCGGGCCUACCGGCGGAGAUGUACCUGGUCUGGUGCAAGUACCCAUACAUUUUCGGUGAGGGUUUCUGCGUGCUGCGCGGCCUCGCCUCGGAAACGUCGACGAACGCGUCAGUCCUCACCAUCGCCGCCUUCACUGUCGAGAGAUACGUGGCGAUUUGCCAUCCGUUCCUCUCGCAGACCCUGUCGAAUCUGUCCCGCGCGAUCAAAUUGAUUCUGAUAAUAUGGCUGGUGGCAUUGUUGUUCGCGUUACCGCAAGCCCUGCAGUUCGGCGUGGUCCGGCACAUCAAGCAUCCCGACAUGGUGAUGUGCACGGUCAAGAGGAUCAUUGUCAGCCACUCGUUCGAGCUGUCCACAUUCCUGUUCUUCGUGAUACCGAUGUGCCUGAUCACGUUUCUCUACAUACUGAUCGGCCUCAAGCUCAGGAACUCGAACAUGUCUGUGCCGGGCAGAAACGAGUCGAUGAGAAACUGCAGACAUUAUCCCGGAAGAUCGUCCAGGAGGGUGUUGAAGAUGCUAGUCGCUGUUGUGAUAGCAUUCUUUAUUUGUUGGGCUCCAUUUCACGUGCAACGAUUGAUCGCUAUAUAUGGCACUAAUACAGAAGAUCACAUCACAUCGAACGGCCCAUGGAUGGAGUUCGUUUACCUUCUAAUGACCUACGUGUCAGGCGUUUUAUAUUACGUGUCCACUACAAUCAACCCAAUCCUUUACAAUAUUAUGUCGAACAAAUUCCGUAUGGCGUUUAUGGAGACAUUAUCGAAGAGCUUCAGACUCCCUGGAUUGCCAGCACGUAACGAGCAACGAUCCUAUUCCAGCUUGUCGCGAUCCCAACAAAGGACCAUCGGUGCUUACGGCUCAAGGAUGGCGGGGACCGAUGGAGGCAUAAUUGUCGACAGCAUGGAAGGUUCGGGGAAUUCCAUGGAGGAGAGUCAAAAACGGCCCGUAAAUGAUGCAGAAAACCCACUGGUAUCUACCAGCGUUCUGGGUACAACUCGGACAAACUCGAUACGAAGCGGACACGCUAAAGAAACGAAGAAUAACAACGACGUCUCAUCAACGAAGAACAGUCUGCGAUCACCGAGCAGCGAACGUCACAAAGAUCGGUCGAUUCGCAGGAGUCAGAAGGGUUCGUGGACUAAAAAAACGAGUUACAAGAAUGUGACCAGGAUCGACAGUUCCGAGAAGAAGUGGUGGAGAUUCUUUAAGUGGCUGCCCGGCUUGAAGGUCCUCAGGUUUCCCAGGGGUUCGACCGUACCGGAAGAUCACGUGUUCGACGAGGCCGGAAAUCCUCGCGAGGAGCUGUCGAUGACGAUGUGGAACGUCCGCGAUAACAACGAACAACGACCCGUGUAGAACACGGAUAUUUUCGCGAUUCGAGAUCUUCGAGAAGACUGACUUUUUUUUCGUCGAUUUCUCUGCAUUAUUCAUGUCGACGAAGCAACGCCAUUAUCUAACGACCUGGAGAUGAUGAUAGCGCUGCACGACUUUCAACUCUGCGACGGCGAUCUGAAAGCGAGGUCGUUUAAAGUUUGAGGAUUUCUUUAGGAAUGGAGAAGACUGAGAUAAAUGAUGCUUGUAACUUGUAACUCUAUCUCAUGAUUAAUUUAACAACGUCCUAAUGGGUGUCCAACGAACAUAUAGAAAGUAGAGAGACCUCUAGAAAAAUCUAUAAAAUCAACGUGCUGAUUUAUUACAGGGUGCUUCAAAAGAAUAUUAACACUUAUAUAAAAGUAACUUUUUUACAGAAACAGAACUGAUAACACAAGAUAUUGUAUAAUGUAUUUUGUCUUCGAAAAGUCUCCAUUUGUUCACCGGGUGGUCUCCAGUGGUCUCUGAGAGACACAUUUCUUUGGAUAUUAAUUGUUGCAAUCACAUUUGCAAUUUUCCUGAAGACAAAAAAUACAUUUGUUACUAUGAUAUUUUGUGUUAUCAGUUCUGUUUUCUUUAAAAAAGUUACUUCCACAUGAAUAAGUGUUAACAUUUUUUUUUUUAACACCUAUUUGCCAAAACGAGUUUUGCGCAAUUUUGUACGACUGCUGAAUGCUAGCAUCCAAUGUUGCAUAAAAUCUAAUAAAUCCGGAGCAUCGAAAGAGUAAACAUGUCAGAAAUAUUGCGAUUCGUAUAUCAUGGUAAGUCAAUAUAUAAAUCAAAUACCAUACUGCUAUUCGACUCUUGUAAAUCUUCUCGAGACGCAUUCUCAUCAAGCAUGCGGUCAUUGAUCAUUAGAGUGAGAUUUUCUCAUAACUCCAAUUUAUUAAAACUUGAAUAAUAAACACAAGUAUACGACAAGUACACGAUGAGUUAUGCUUUUUAAUUUUGUGAAUUCUCUUUGAUAUCCAAUAUGGAUAUUUACUGACGUUAAAAAUAAAAGAAUAUGCAACAAAAUUUUAUUUCUAAAGCGUUGGGGAACUGAAUCCAAACUUGAUCUAAUUUCUUUUUUGUCCAUUGUUUUUGGAAAAAAAAAAAUUGUUGCCAAGUACGGAAAUAUCAUAAUAAGUGUUUCAAUUAUUAUCGACCAUUGUACAUAAGCCAUUCUAACAAUUAAGUCGACUGCAUGUUUAAAGCAGCUAUAUGCGCGCGUAAUGUAUAAUGUAAAAUACGCGCUCCAAGUAAGUUAUGAAAUCAAGUAAAAGCGAUCAUUUCGGAUAACCCGGUUUCAUGGACGUGUCAGGCAUCUUAAAACGCGUCGCGUGUACGUGUUUUUGACAUUGCGUGCCGCAAAUUGCACGAGCUACAACGACAUUUAAUUUCUAAAUAAAAUCUAAAUGCUCUCUUACCUGGAAAUGUUUUCCUUGUAAAAAUAUGCUGUAAAAGUUAAUUCAGUUGACCUGAUAAAAUUAGUACAAUCUACACGUUUCGAGCUUCCCCAAUAGCAGAGUAACGUCAGAUGACGUUUUAAUGACGUCUAAUUGACGUCUUGAGACGUCUCUAGACGUCAUAAUUAGACGUCAUCUUGCUACCUGGGUUAUUGCAGAUUAAAGUCUGCAAAUGUUGCAGAGGCAGAUCCUUUCGUGUUAUUCGUGGAAUGUAAUGCUGUAGAGUACAAUUUAAUGUAAGGUACCGUGGUUCUUCUCAUAUCGAUUGAAUUUUUAUAAUGUGAUAUUAUUUGUUAUGUAAAUAAUAUAAGUAUAAGUCGUUAACUGUAAAAUUCUUUAUUUAUUUUUAUCCGCGUGUCUUACUGAAUGUUGUUCGUAACUGUAUAUGUAUCGAUAUCUUCAGGCAUCGAUAUUUUUGAUAAUUACAGAUGGACACCUGUAACACGUGUCUGAAAUUUA